GGACGUCAUGCCCACGAUGAUAUCUUUGUUCGCAUUCUUGGCCAGGGCUCGCUUGGCGAAUGGUGGUAGCAGCGUUCGUUCUUCAAAAGUAACUGUUCUCUUGCGAACUUGAUGUUCUCUCGUUCACGAACCAAUAUCUCGACACUGUUGGCUGUGAGGACAUUGAACCGCGAUCUUCUUUCUCCCAUUGCUAGGAUCUCUAUCGCAGCUGCUCUCCCUCUUGUGAACAAAGGUGAUCGUCACGAAUUCAACGUCUCAGGGAGUCCCCGUGAACUACACACGAACGGGUCUCGAGCUUGCCUGCAAAGUCACCAACGCCUUUCAGCCUCAUCAUCUGGACUACACACGCGAAUGAUGUCUAGUCAAGGUCCACCGACCGCGACCGAGAAGAACGUCCCCCUACACCAGGGGCAAAAUCAUACGAAUCGUUUGAUCCAUGCGAAGAGCCCAUACCUGCUUCAGCAUGCUGAGAACCCGGUGGACUGGUAUGAAUGGGGUACGGAAGCAUUCGAAAAGGCCAGGAACGAAGCCAAACCGAUUUUUCUCUCUGUUGGAUACUCUGCAUGCCAUUGGUGCCAUGUCCUCGCACAUGAAUCGUUCGAGGACCCUAUUACCGCGAAGCUCAUAAACGAGCAUUAUGUCAAUGUCAAGGUCGACCGUGAAGAGCGCCCGGAUGUCGACCGGUUGUACAUGACGUUCCUUCAAGCCAGCACGGGCGGGGGAGGAUGGCCCAUGAGUGUCUGGCUCACGCCGGAGCUCGAGCCAUUCUUCGCAGGGACGUACUUCCCGCCUGGAAAAUUCCGCCAGGUCCUUAGCAAGCUCGCUGAGGUAUGGGAGGACGACCCGGAUCGGUGCCGCAACGCAGGCAAGCAGGUUAUCAAGCAGUUGAAGGAGUCGAGCGAGUCCUCCCCCAGUGCAGCACACUCGUCAGUCGCAGCGAUCGCCGUGCCUAAGCUCGCAGCCGCUGUCUAUACACGGCUCGCACGGCGCUUCGACGAACAACACGGCGGGUUCGGGGGGGCGCCGAAGUUCCCGCAGGUCGGCGGGACGCUUGGUUUCCUCGUGCGAUAUGCGGCGCUCAACAUGCGAGAGGGAACGUCUGCAUCUGCGGAGAGUCCGGACGAGGUGUUGGCGCACCUUGACGCGGAGGCGGAGGAAGGGCUGGAGGAGGCCCCGCAGAAGGCCCGCAACAUGGCAGCGAAGGCGCUUGUGGAGAUCUGGAAGGGCGGGAUUCAUGACCAUGUGGGAGGGGGUGUGGCGAGGUACUCGGUAGAUGGAAGGUGGCAUGUUCCGCACUGUGAGAAGAUGCUGUACGACCAAGCACAGCUACUUGCCGUCUCUGUCGAGACAGCGCUCCUUUUCCCUCCCUCGGAUACUGACUCCUCGUCAGAACGCCAGACGCUACUCGCGCUGGCACGUUCUAUCCUCAGGUAUCUUUCCGUACUCCAAAGCGAGGAAGGCGGAUUCUGCAGCGCAGAGGACGCAGACUCGUUUCCGACAUUCGAGAGUAAGACUAAGAAAGAAGGAGCGUUCUACACCUGGACUGCGAAGGAUAUCAAGGACGUGUUGGGCCAAGAGGAUUCUAAGGUCUUCGCAUAUGCGUACGGGGUGAAGGAGGAUGGGAACUGUGAGAGCGACAGCGACGCGCAUGGGGAAUUGAAGGACCACAACGUGUUGUAUCUUGCUCAUUCAGCCGAGGAGACAGCUACGGAGCUGGGCAUGCCUGCUGAAGAAGUGGGGGUCGUUAUUGAGAGGAGCCUCAGCAAGUUAAAGGAGUGGAGGGAGAAGAAUCGACCCCGUCCGCACCUGGACGACAAGGCCGUGACAGGGUGGAAUGGACUCAUGAUCUCCGGCCUUGCCAAGGCGGCUGAGGUCUUUCAGGGCGAGGAAGCCGCGAGCGCGCUGAAGAUGGCGGAGGACGCAGCUGCGUUUUUGCGGCAGCAUCUGUACGACGAAACGACUGGAGAGCUGGCAAGGAGUUGGAGGGAGGGUAAGGGCCCGAAGGGGCAGGCGGAUGACUAUGCGUUCCUGGUUCAAGGGCUGCUGGAUCUAUACGAAGCGAGUGGGAAAGAAAAAUGCGUUAUGUGGGCAGUGCGCCUGCAGGAGACCCAGGAUAGGCUAUUCUACGACAAAGAGGGCGGCGGUUACUUCGCAAGCGCGCCUGAUGAGUAUGUCUUAGUGCGCAUGAAGGAUGCACAGGAUGGAGCUGAGCCGAGUGCCGUAUCGGUGACACUCUCUAACCUUCAACGCCUCGCGCAUUUCGCGGAGGACAAACACAAAGAAUACACUGAGAAGGCUCAGAGCAUUCUCACGUCGAAUGGGCAGCUACUCGAAGCCGCGCCAUUCGCGCUCGCGACGAUUGUCAGCGCGGCAAUGGCCAGACAGAAGGGCUAUAAGCAGUUGAUACUCACCGAACAUCCUGCGCCCAACCCCGCCUCGCCAUUCCUACAAGCCAUCCGCGCGAGGUUCAUCCCGAAUCGGGUACUGAUGCAUUUCGACCCCUUGAGCCCGCCUCGGGCGCUGGCGAGUGUGAAUGCGACUGUAAAGGGAUUAGUGGAGGAGAUCGAGCGGAAGGAGGAGGACGACAUGGGUAAAAGCAAACCGAAUGUAAAGGUGUGCGAGAACUUUACGUGUGGUCUGCCGAUCACCGAGGUGGAAAGGUUGCUAGCCGUGUUGGGAUGAGAUAGAGGGGAACAGGAGACUAUCAAGAUGAGGUGCGAAACGGAUGAAACGUGUAUUCUGCAUGAUACUUCCGUGUUCCAGUAUAGAUCCCAGAAGCUUGCGAUUGAAAUAUCGAACG